AUGGACUGUGGCCUGUGGUGUGUGUUCUCGGAGCGUCGCCGUCACGUGGAGAAGUUGUGGAGGCGUCGUUUGUUGGUGACCGCCGACGAGCGAAGAGCACGAAGACGAUUUUUACGACUAAUGCGUGGUUUCGACGCCGAAGACGUGGAGGUGCUGAGGAAAGCGGUCGAGACGGUUGGCCUCGAUGCGAAACUUUGUGCUCCCGGACCCCCAAUGGACGAGCGACCCGAAGAGGAACCACAGGAAGAAGACUCGGGUCUUAUCCCUCAAAUCGAUCGCCCAAUGUCGAUGCCGUAUUUAUGUUGCAAGAUGUGGCGAUGGAAAGAUCUACAGGUAGAUGCAGCAUUGCAUCGUCUCGAGGCUCUUCCUUGGUGUCGUUUCGGCCGAGUCACCAUCAACAAUGCCACAGUUUCUUGUUGCAAUCCAUAUCAUUAUGCAUUGUGGAUACGGGCAGAAGCCAGUUCGUUCGAAGAAGAAACCGACGAAGAUGGACGAAAGAUCGAACGGGGAAAGGAGAAACAACAAAACGAUCAACAACCACAACAACAAGGAAACGGACAUUUAAUCAAUCCUCAACAACCAUCGACAAGCCGGCUACAGGGCUGGGAAACGGAAGGCCCACCGAUGGGUCGACCUCCGUCUCUGCCCACCGAUUCUCCGCUUCCAAUCCCGGAUCUCGAUGUGCUUUCUGUCGAUGUCUCUCAACAGCAAUCACCCUCAUCACCACACAAUCCCAUUGCGUGGGCCCGACUCGAGCGAUGGGAGAAAAGAGAAAGGAUAGGGGACACCGUGGCGUUGACAGGACAAUUCGCCGCGAUCGGCCUUCUAGCAACUGCUGUUUUAGACGCGCAGCCCGUCUCCGCGGAUUUCGAUACAAAACACGAGGUCUCCUUCGCUUUGAUACGACAAUCCGAUCCGAUCGGCUCGGCGAAUCCCCCCGAUGUUUGGCUGUAUAACAGUGGCACUCGUCCCCUUUUCCUCUCGAUUUCCACCUCAACACAAUCAUCGGCUCGUCCCGAUCAUUUGAGGAGAUUAACUCCCGGAUAUUGUGUCCGUGUGAACAAAGGAGAAGGGCCAAUCGAUGAAGAAAAACAGCAGAAUUCUAAAAGACGAGCUUCUCGGACGGAUUCAAGUCAACCGUCAACGUUAACGAUCAGUGUUGGAAAGGGAUGGGGACCGAAUUAUCAGCGCUUAUAUGCAAUCGAUACGCCGAUCAGAUAUGAGGUCAUCUUUGCACCGAUCACUCCACAA